AUGUUCGCACGCAUCGCCACCCGCGUCCCCAUAACCGCUGCCUUCGCCGGCAAGCGCAUCGCACCAGCCACCAUCCGCGCCAACUCCUCCAGCUCAACUAGCAGCGCAGCACGCGUCAUGGAGAUGGCUGCGCAGGCCGAGCGUCCAACUGGCGCCGAAGCCGCCGUCCCCUUCAUGUGGGCCGCCUGCGGUGUGCUCACCUACGCCGCGUGGAACCGCAUGAGCGAGCGUAGCGCGGGCGAGAACGUUGAGAAGCUUCUCAUCGUUUAA